AUGGAGGCACACUCCGCCGCCGCAUCGCCGGAAAAUCCAAAAAUCGGCACGGUGCGCUGCCUCUAUGAUGCAUUAGCGGCCGGGAACAGGAGAAUCUCGGGCCUCAUAGCGAGCGACCUAGAGUGGUGGUUCCACGGCCCACAGAACUGCCACUACAUGAUGAAGACGCUCACCAGGAAAUUCUCCCCGGCCGAUUUCAAGUUCGAGCCGCGGAGCAUCGAGGUGGUCGACGACGACUGCGUUAUCGUGGAGGGGUGGGAGGGGGAUCAGGUGUAUUGGGUGCACGUGUGGACCCUCCAAAACGGCGUGAUCACGCAGUUUAGAGAGUAUUUCAAUACUUGGCUAACCGUCAAGGAUUUAAAGCGGCGGCGGCAGCCGCUUGUUAAGUAUAUGAGCGGCGCCGCUACUCUAUGGAGGAGUCACCCUCAGGACUUGGCCAAACGGUCGUUGCCGGAGCUGAUGCUUGCCAUUUGACCACGCUACAGGAGAUGAGA